AAGUUGAAAAAAGUGAUACUAUUUUCACUUUUUAACCUAUUUGUGAUAAAUUCGCAUAAUAAAACUCAUAAAAGUUAAUCCUGCUUAAGAACAUGUGCAUCAGUCUUGCAAAUUUGCAAUAAUCUUUUACCCCUCUCACCCGCAUCACAGCCUCACAGGUCUCUGGCUUCCUAUCCGACGAUUCACCAUGCUUCCACAUCCAAUCCAGAAUGCUAGUACUCACUGAUUGCUGGUAGUCAACAGCAACACUCUGGGUCUCUGGCUGCACAUGAGAAGUUAAUAACCAUUUGAUGGAUAUGGAUGCCAAUGAGCAGCAGCCAAAGCAAGAGCGUCUGAGAACAAGAUGGACACCAUCUCUUGACAAGAUCUUUGCAGAACUAGUUGUUGAGCAGAUUCGGCUAGGAAACAGACCAAACAAUGUCUUUGAUAAGAAAACCUGGAACUAUAUCCGCAGUGAGUUUAAUAGACAAACAAACCUCGAUUUCAACAACAAUCAGUUGAGGAAACACCUUGAUGUACUCAGGACUCGUUACUACUCUUUCAAGUCAUCUGCUUCUGGUCAACAUGAUUCAUUAGCAGAUUGCUUUGAUGGUUUUGAUCUUUGGGAAGACAUAGGGGGUCAACCGAAACAAGAAACGGGUAAGAUCAAGGAAUGUCCAAUCUAUGAGGAACUGUGUUUGAUUUUUGAAGAGCCUGAUGCCGAUGGGAAAUAUGCGCAGUCAAGUCACUAUGGAGAAUUGGAAAAAUCAGCAGCAGCAGUAGUAGAUCAUUCGUCUUUAGCAGAAAACCAAAACACAUCACCUAUGACUCCAUUCCUUUUGACAUACUUCCCUGGUUCACCGCCAAAGUCCAUGGCUAAGACUGGAACUGAAAAGAAGAGAAAGCGCCCCCGUGAGGCAGUUCCAGAUUCAGGUGACAAUAGUCGGGACAGUGAGAUGAUUGACGUUAUCUCGCAAACCUUGCAAGAGAUGAUAGCUUCAUCAAAGGUGGGGUCAAUUGGUGCCUCUCCCCAAUCUGACAAAAGAUUUAGUAUAAGUAAGUGUGUUAAAGCGUUGGAUGAUAUGGAAGGCAUACACGACAUGCAUUACUAUCCAGCUCUUGAGUUGUUUGAGGAUCCAAAUCUGAGAGAGGCGUUUCUCUCUCUAAGUGGCAGCAUACGUCUGACUUGGUUGCAGGGAAAAUUGACUGAUUUUGCCUUGGGCUGACUGUUGAGCUACGACUCUACCGGACUGGUAAAAACCCUGAUUGUAGUGGCAAAUAGGAUUGUAGAAGAAAAAAAAUCAAUUUUUGGUCCUAUGAAUGGUAGGUCAUUAUAUUUAUUUAUCCAGAACUUAUUUCUUUCCACUGUUGAUGCACGACUAUGAUAUUUUGCUCCAGUUGGUCCUCUUUGUCCGUCAUUCUGGAGAAAUCACAACCAGAGUUGUAUUGAAACUGAUCGGCUAAAUGAUAGAAAGCAGUCAAAGCACCAUAAGUGACUAAAACUGUUGUUCUUCAGUUCUUGUACUAAAAUGGAAAAUGAAAUUUAUGGUUAAAAAAUGGUAAUGACCUAGUAGCUGUGGGACCAAAAAAGAAUAUUUUCUGAGGAUUUUAUAAGCCAUGUCUUAACCUGUAGGCAUUUUUUAAGUAUAUGGUUCAUAGUGGUUCGAUGUGCACAUUAGAGCAUUAUUGCUAUAGGCUCUAAUGUGAUGUUUUUGGAACUUAUCUAGCAGGAAUAAUAAGCAGGGUAAGUGGUAUUACCAAAACUAUGUAUGAAGAUAUAGUAGAAUAUAACCACUAGGAUUAUUUAGUUA